CUUGAACCAUAUUAUAACCGCGGCACAUAACACAGAAAUUUUGGUUAUUCGCUUGGAUUUGAUUUAUGCCAGACUUAUCUAACCUGACUUUUCAAACUUCUAUUUGAAUUUCCAAAAAGGCUUGUGUUGUAAAAACUUUUGUACUACAAAUUUGUGCUGACAACGUUAAGCUAGAAAUAGUUGGAAUGAACUCCAAAGAGAAGUUAAAUUUACCUUGGUAUCAAAAAAUGUUGUUUGAAGAUGACAAAUCAAACCCUUAUAAAUCGGCAGAAACUAGAAGAAGCUGUCUUGCUCAAAUUGUAAACAGUUCUUUCGAUAGUUUAAAUAACCAAAGCAUUUGCCAGCUAACGGAGUCCAAACUGGAUGACUACCUGAUACAUGGUGUUGAGCUUCAAGGUGAAAAUAUUUAUAACAAAAAACUGAAAGAUACACUCAAAAAGCAACCCAGCACUCAAAGAGCUUUCAAGUCUAAUUUAGAGAAAAUUGAUGUCAAGAGUUUGUUAAAACCUCUGACAUGUUCUAAUAAGAAUCACUGCACAGAAUCUGAAGCAUUCAAUGAAGGUGAAUUUUCUGAUCUUCAUGAGUCAUUAAAAUAUCAGAAACUGUUUCAUAAACCUGAAACAGAGCCUGCAGGCCAUACUGCAGCUAUUAGCAAUCCUGGAAAGUGUUCUGGUGCCCGAGAUUACAAGCCAUUGAGAAGAAAUGAUGAUGUUAAAUAUCCAACAUCUAAUAGCUUUAAGACAGCCAGAGAUGAGCUGACGAUACAAAAUAUGAAGAAAUAUGGCAAUCCAGGAAACAGCCAAGCCACCUGCUCAAGUGGAAUGGGGCAGAAACGAAAAUUAGGGGCUAGAAGAAACAUAAACAGCAAGUUUGUUUCACCACUGCUAUCUAACAGUGAGAGCCAAGAUGAAAUUAAAAGCAAUGAAUGGUCCUCAACAACAGACGAAAGACUGAAAAACAUCGAACCCAAAAUGGUGGAAUUAAUAAAAUCCGAAAUAAUGGACGUUGGUCCGAGCAUUCAUUGGAACGACGUUGUAGGACUAGAAUUUGCAAAGACUGCAAUCCAGGAAGCAGUUGUAUGGCCUAUGUUGCGCCCAGACAUUUUCACUGGGCUUAGGAGACCUCCAAAAGGGAUAUUGCUGUUUGGCCCCCCUGGUACUGGAAAAACGUUGAUUGGGAAAUGUGUCGCAUCACAGAGCAAGUCUACAUUUUUCAGUAUAAGUGCUUCUUCCUUAACGUCCAAAUGGGUUGGUGAUGGAGAAAAAAUGGUUAGAGCUUUGUUCACUGUCGCCCGUGUGUAUCAACCAGCUGUAAGUAUAGAGCAAACAUAACCUUGUAUAUCCACAGCAUAAUUCAAUAAAAAACUGACCCAAAAUAUAUAUAUAUAUAUAUAUAUAUAUAUAUAUAUAUAUAUGAUGGCGCGUCGUAAGUUAUAGACGCGGAUUACUAGAAUUUCAAGUCCGAUAACCACUGACGCCAAGUAUUUUCAUCAAUUUGUAGACUCUAAAUUACAACAAUAUUUGACGAAUUUCUCACUGCCCUGUCCACAUUGUUUUAUAGGUGAUUUUCAUUGAUGAAAUAGAUUCUCUCUUAUCCCAAAGAAGUGAUACUGAACAUGAGAGCUCCAGAAGAAUAAAGACUGAGUUUUUAGUGCAACUUGAUGGUGCUAUGACCGAUAACGACGAGAGAAUACUUGUUAUUGGUGCCACAAAUAGACCUCAAGAAUUAGACGAGGCUGCAAGACGGCGAUUCGUGAAGAGGUUGUAUAUACCACUACCAGAGUUUGAGGCUAGGUUACAACUAGUAAAGAAACUUAUAGCAAAUGAAAGGAAUCAGCUCAAUGAAGACGACUUUGUUAAGGUAGCAACUAUGUCUGACGGUUACUCUGGGGCUGAUAUAAGAACCUUAUGUUCAGAGGCUUCUCUAGGACCUAUAAGAACAAUAGAUAUAAGUCGGAUCGAGCAUAUACAAGUUACAGAAGUGCGUCCUCUCAUUAUGGAAGAUUUUGAAAAAGCGUUUUCAAGGGUGAAGGCCAGUGUGUCUUCAAAGGAUUUGGAACAUUAUUUAGCAUAUAAUCAGACUUAUGGCUCAGGCACUGGAUAUAGGAGCAUUUGAAUUGUUUUAUUUGUUAGAAAUGUUAUGUAUUUGUCGUUAUAUUAAAAUCAUUUGAAAAA